CCGCAAAAUAAACAGACGCUGUGAUGCGCUGGUUCCGGAAGGCCUUCGAGUUUCAGUGAUUUAGAGAGACGUGAACGGAAAAGAGAACCGGAACCAUUCCUUCACGGAACCAUUGAGGUGAGGCCUCGGGGAAGCAUUUGAGCAGCGGACCACGGCGGCCCGGGACCGGACUGGCAGGUAUGGCGGCGGUGGAGUCGGACGCGGAAUCAAAGGCCGCCAUCCCCGUGGACCUACGGCGGGAACGGCGACUGGUGUGCGUGGAGUACCCAGGCGUGGUGCAUAAUGAGGCCAAGAUGCUACAGACUCUGGGAGGCGAGGAAGGCGUCUCUCGAAUCUACACUGACCCUUCCAAGAGGCUUGAGCUCUACUUCCGGCCCAAGGACCCAUACUGCCACCCUGUGUGCGCUAACCGUUUCAGUACCAGCAGCAUGCUGCUCCGGAUCAGGAAAAGGACCAGACGGCGGAGAGCUGCCCCAGGGGCCGAGACCCAACCCCAGGUCACGUUCGACUUGGAAAUCCUUGGCAUCAUCUCCACAAUUUAUAAAUUCCAAGGAAUGUCUGACUUUCAGUACUUGGCAGUGCACACGGAAGCGGGUGGCAGGCAUGUGUCCAUGUAUGACAGAGUGCUCAUGCGCAAACCCGAGAAGGAGGAGUUCUUCCACCAGGAGCUGCCACUUUACAUCCCCCCACCCAUCUUCUCCCGGCUCGACACCCCAGUGGACUAUUUCUAUCGCCCUGAGACCCAGCACCGGGAAGGCUACCACAAUCCCUCCAUUUCGGGCGAGAACCUGAUUGGAUUGAGUAGAGCCCGGCGCCCCCAUAAUGCCAUCUUUGUCAACUUUGAGGACCCUGAGGUACCUCUACAGCCCUUGGAGGCUGCAGUACAGACGUGGAAGAAGGCCUGCACCAACCCCAUAGAUCAGAAAGUGGAGGAGGAGCUGAGACAGCUCUUUGACAUUCGUCCAGUCUGGUCACGAAAUGCUGUCAAGUCUAACGUCAGUGUCCACCCUGACAAGCUCAAGAUCUUACUUCCCUACAUGGCUUAUUACAUGAUAACAGGUCCAUGGAGAAGCUUGUGGAUUCGUUUUGGCUAUGACCCUCGAAAACACCCAGAUGCCAAAAUUUAUCAAGUGCUUGACUUUCGAAUCCGUUGUGGAAUGAAAUACGGUUAUGGUUCCAGGGACAUGCCUGUCAAAGCGAAGCGCAGCACAUACAACUAUAGCCUCCCCAUCACUGUCAAGAAGACAUCCAACCAGCUUGUUAACAUGCGUGACCUAAAGCAGGGCCUGGGCCCAUCAGGAACAGACGGCCCACGCAAAUUGACCUACAAUAAGUACAAGCUCAAGGAUUCGGUCUACAUCUUCCGGGAAGGGGCUCUGCCACCCUAUCGACAGAUGUUCUACCAGCUGUGUGAUUUGAACGUGGAAGAAUUGCAGAAAAUUGUUCACCGCAAUGAUGGGACAGAGAGUGUGUGCACGGAGAGAGAUGGAUGGUGCCUUCCCAAGACCACAGACCACCUGAGGGACACCAUGUCACUCAUGAUUCUGCAGACCAUCCGCUCUGAGAGGCCUGCUCUGUUCUCUGACACAGGUAAGGCUGAUCAAGGGAAAGGGCAGCUGAUGUUCGAGUCUGGUGAGGAGGGCGAGGAGGAGGAGGAGGAGGAAGAAGAGGAAGAUUUCAAGCCCUCGGAUGGAAGUGAAAAUGAGAUGGAGACAGAGAUUCUGGAUUAUGUGUGACAGCGCUGGCUCCAGGCAACCAGGACAUGCUGGUGUACCAUGAUGGGACAGUUGGGACAGGCCUGUGCCCCAUCCAGGGUGGUGAGAUGAGGACACUGGGCAACCUCAGACCGGGCUCAGCCUGACUUCGCCAAAUGGACCAGCUCUUCAGUUCCCUGGAAACACCCUCUUGUCUCACAGCUUCCUUUUGUGAAACCAGAGUCUGUCAUGUCCCUGCCAAGCUGGCCUCCCUGGAAGGUUCUCUCAUGCAUGGCCUCCCAAGCCCUUGGGCAGCAGCACCACUUCCUGAAGGAUGCUGAGUGAGAGAUGGGCCAUUGCCUUGUUUCUCUGUGCGGCCUCUGUCCCUUGAACCGUGUGGCCUGGCACACAGUCAAGUCACAGCAAUUCCAAAGCCAGAUGCCUUGAACCAGCUCACCCUCCUGACAAGAUUGAGGACCCAUUGUUUCAUUUGACCCAAGUGGAUACCCCUGGGAACUUCCCAGCCUCGCAGGGAAGCAGCUGGACCCUUGUCCUCUGAUGACCCUGCUCCCUGCUGCUUCAAAGAAAGCUCAGCCCAGAGGCAGGAAGUAAUCCUUCCCUAAAGACUGGCCAGCCUUGCCUGGCCCCACAGGACUUCUGUCACAGAAGCUGCCAGGACUCCUCCCAGAAGCAUUCCCACUUCUGAACUGCUGCCCAACCUGGUCUUUGGGGAGGUCUAUCUAGGUUCUGGUCCCAUCUACCCAGGAAUAUCUUGACUGUAGAUCUGAGGAAGGUUCUGAGUAAGGGGCCCCAUGCCCUCUGAAGGCCUUACCUACACAGAGCCCAGGGCAAUAGCAGUCUUGCCUUAGGUUGGCCAAACUAGGACUUCCUGAGCUCUAGCCACGCCUAGCAAAGGGUGGUGAUUCUUCUCCUGAAUUCCCAUGUAAAUAAAAGUGUUUUCAGUAUGAAAAUAUAAA